GGAGGAGCGCGGUGGGCGCAGCUGGGACUGUCCCCUCCCGGUCUGUCCCCUCCCGGACUGUCCCCUCCUGCCACCGCGCAGCCGUCCCCGGCUCCGGCUGCUCCCUGCUCGCAAGCAGCUGCGCCGGAGCGUCUUCGCCUGGCCGAGCAUCCUCCGCUGCUGCCCGUGCGGAUGAGGGCGGAGGGAGGGAGCGGGGGGCUCCCGGCAUCCGCCCCGCCGGCACACGGGUGACAGCAGCCUCGGCACAACACUGAGCCUCCUCGGGGGGCGGCAGAGCCCCCCUUCCCCGGGGACCAGACCCUCUCCCCCGCCACCAUGGUGGUUUUUAUGGGCAGGAACCUCUCCUCGCUUCUGGCUUUCUUCAAGAAGAAGGGCGCUGCCAAGGGCGAGGGCGAGAAGCGGCUGAGCGUGCAGUACACGGCGGGCGAGGAAUGUCCCGACAACGUCUUCUUCCCCAGCACGCGGCCCCCGCACCUGGAGGAGCUGCACAACCAGGCCCAGCAGGGGCUGAAGUCCCUGCAGCACCAGGAGAAGCAGAAACAGACCAAAAGUGCCUGGGACCACGGGGACACCAGCAGCCUCCAGUCCUGUGCAUCCUCGGAGGAUGACAGCCUGUCCUUCCGGAGCCGGGCAGCCUCCUGUGCCACGGACAGCACCUCUGAGGAUGCGCUGUCCAUCCGCUCCGAGAUGAUCCAGCGCAAAGGUUCCACAUUCCGACCACACGACUCCUUUACCAAAUCCUCAGAGAGGGCUGGCAAGAAGAGGAAGGAGAGGAGGACGACAGUGCUGGGCAUCCCCCAGCACGUCCAUAAAGAGCUGGCUCUCAGGAACAGCCACGGAGCCCGGGCACACGCCGAGGGCCGCGGGGACAGCCAGGCAGCGCAGCCCCUGCCGAACGGGGGGCAGGUGUCUGGCGAUGCCGUCCGCAUCCCCACCAUCGACGGGAAGCUGCAGCCUGUGCCCGCGGCCGGCGGCGCCCGCGUCUGCCUGGGAGCGCUGGAGGAGGCGGAUGCAGCCCUGCAGAAGCACAUCAACAAGGUUUACUACGAUGACAGCUUGCUGGGGAGGAAGACGGCGGCCAAGCUGUCACCCAUGGUGAGGCCGAAGUCGCUGGCCGUGCCGGGCAUGACCACCUACGCCAACCCCCCGGAGAUGCUGGUGGGCCCCGUCAUGUCCAUCUCGCCCCAGGGCACCUACAUGUCCAAGAUCAUCCCCAACGCCAUCCUGCCGCCCAUGGUGGACGUGGUGGCCCUGUCGAGGAGCAGCGUGCGGACGCUGAGCCGCUGCAGCCUGGUGUCGUCCAGCCCGGCCUCGGUGCGCUCCCUGUCGCGCUUCUCGGAGCGCAGCGCCCGCAGCCGCGAGCCCUCCUCCUCCAGCGACAACUGGAGCCACUCGCAGUCCACGGAGACCAUCGUGUCCAACAGCUCCACCAUCUCCUCCCAGGGCGGCUGCGACCACCGGCAGCCCGAGGCGGGGCCGCACGGCGAGGUGGACGCGGCGGCUCGCUCCGACACCGACCAAAUCAGCAUCUACAGCUCCGCCAGCUUCGCCAGCUCCUGCUCCAAACCCGCUGCCAACCUCGCUCCUGCGGCCCCCGGGCUCCUGGCCGUGGGCGGUGGCCGCACAUCCCCUGCCUACAGCACGAGCAGCCAGGCAGACGGCUCGGACACGGCCAGCCUGGCCAGUGACCGCUCCUCCACCCGCAGCGUGUCCCUCAGGAAGAUGAAGAAGCCCCCGGCCCCUCCCCGCAGGACCUACUCGCUGCACCAGAAGGCUGAUGGGGAGCCCAAGGUGCUGGGGUUGCCCCCCAGACCUGACCGGCGGCCCCAGAGGGAGAGCAGCGCGCCCUGGUCCCCGCGCCCCGAGCCCUUCAGCCCCAUGGGCGAGGAUGAGGUGUUCUCCCCAUCGCCGAGCGAGAGCAGCAGCCUCCGCUCCGAGAGCCUGGCUGGCACCAGCUCCCCCGAGGCCUCUCGGGGCCGCCCCGGGGUGACCGUGCUGCUGAGGGAGCCCCAAGCUCAGGCCAAGUGGAGCUGCCCAGAUGGGUCUGACCGCACCAUGUCCCCUUCCAGCGGCUACUCCAGCCAGAGCGGGACGCCCACACUGCCCACCAAGGGCUUGGGACCCCCAGCUGUGUCCCCGGGCAAGUCUCAGCCCCAGAAGCCAGACAGGGUCUGCUCCCUGCAGUCGCCUGCGCUCUCUGUGUCCUCCUCCCUCACCUCCAUCUCUUCCUCAGCCUCGGACCCGGCCCCCUCCGAGGCGCUGACCGGUCGCUCAGACAGGUUCAUCAUCCCCCCGCACCCCAAAGUUCCCGCUCCCUUCUCCCCACCACCCACCAAGGGGCCCACGGCCUCCGUGCCCCCACCGCCGCCGCCUCUCCCGCCGCCCUCAGCUCCGGCCCUGCCGCCCCAAAUCAGCCUUAAGAAGGCGGCCAACGGCCCGCGGGCAGAGGCCAAGAAGGAGCCGGUGUCGCGGAGCAAGAGCGGCCCCGCGGCCAAGGAGGACGCCAGCCUGCCCAUCGUCACGCCCUCGCUGCUGCAGAUGGUGAGGCUGCGCUCCGUCAGCGUGGAGCCGCCGGCCGGGGCCGGGGCCGGGGCCGGGGCCGGGGAGCGCCCGGCCCCUCAGAAGCCCGUCCGCCGCUCCCUGUCCACGCGGCAGCCGCCUGCUGCCCAGGACACGGUGCCUUCCAAGCAGCUGCAGCACGCCGUGCAGCUCAAAGCCGCCGCCUUGGCCGGCGGAGAGGUUGCGGAGAAGCCGCCAGCGGCACAGCCCGGCCCCGAGGGGCCCCCCGGCGAUGGGCAGCUGUCCCCCAGGAACAAAUCCGCGGCCUCCACCGCCAGCUUCAUCUUCGCCAAGAGCUCCAGGAAGCUGGUGAUCGAGACGGCCUCGUCCCCCGAGGUGCAGGCCGACCUGAAGAGGAACUUGGUGGCCGAGCUGAUGAAUUUCUCGGGGCAGCGCUCGGCGGCCCCGGCUGCUGCCGCCCUGCAGGGCCCUGCGAAGGCACAGGCCCAGAGAAAACCUGGCAAGAUCCCCCCGCCGGUGGCCAAGAAGCCUUCGCUUGGCUCGGGGCCGGCUCCUUCCCCCAAGGCACCGGGGGCAGAGGCUUUGGGCUCCCCGGUGCCGGACGGGGAUGCCAAGGUGGAGGAGGGCAGGACUAAGAGCGAGCUGGUGGGGACAGAGAGCAGGAACGCCGCGGAGCCGCCGGCUGAGAGCCUCCCUGCACAAGAUGGACGGGGAGAGACGGCCUGAAGGACGACACUGCAGGACUGGAGCCCCCAAGGACAGGAAUCCAAAUCUCUCAGGGACCUGGGCAGGUCAACGGACGAGUGUGGAACUGGCAACUAACUUAAUACAGGAAGCAAACAGCCUUAGCCUCCACGGCCUUGAUAUUUAUGCAAAAAUGGUGUUGGUUUCACUUUCCUAAGUACUACAGCUUUAUUUUGCUUUUUUUUUUACUGGACUCAAGGCCUGUGCCCAGAGCCAGCACCUCCUCCUUGCCAAGCUGAUGCUUGGUGUGGGUGUGUGGAGUUGAGCAGCCACACCCAGAAGAGUUUGGGGGCUGAAGACACCGGAGCUGGAGCCACUGCUGCUGGCCAGACAGGCCCACGAGGAAUGGAAGCACUUUGGACAAGGGAAUGGGAAGGAUUUGGCCACAACAGCGCCUGGAGGGAUGAAAACAGGAACAGGAGGGGAGGGAGGUGCUGGCUGGGAGGGACCAGAGCUUUGACUCUUGAUGGAAAGGCAAGAGGGGCUCGUGGCCAGCACCAGCUCCGGCCACUCGCCACUGCCCAGCAGGAGGAAGGGCCAGGCUGCCCCUUGAGCUGGCCCUGGGCUCUGGGGUAGAGCCUUGAUUCUGUUUCUGUAAACUUGGGUCACAUUUUGAUUUCUUUGAUUGUAAAAAAAAAACAAAACAAAACAAAAACCAAACGAAACAAACCCAACCAAGCUAAACUAAACCAAACCAAAAGCAACUGACCCUCUGCCGCCGAGUAGCUGCUCAGAGCUCUGUACCUGGCUGGUAAAAAUGAUGACCGAA